UGGCCCUAUGGUCUACCUGGCUCACACGGCCCACGCCCAGCUCAGCGCCCUCUGGCUGAGCUGCGUGGGCUGGACUCUCACGACCGUGGCGCUCGGACUCAUCCAGUGGAGGAUUUGGCAGGUGUCUGACCAGGAAGUCAUCAGCUCCGGUGUGGCCUGGGUGGGCAUCUGGAGGGCCUGCUUCAACAGCCACAACGUGGUGUCGCCCAGCUUCAGGAUCAUGCACUGCAGAUUCUGAACUGACCAUAAUUGAGGAAACAUGCUGAUAUUCUCUUGAGGCUUUCCCAAGACGAC